GGGUGAACACCCGUGAAUGGCUCCACUUUGCCGUUCAUUUAGGUGCUACGACAUUUGCUGAAUCUUGACACUCAGCCAGGGAUGAAGGCAGAAAUCAGCUUUCUGGGCUUUUUGGUGACCCUCAGCCUGUUCCAAGCAUCUGUAUUGUCUUCACAUGAUCUCUUAGAGGAACUGUCAGAUGCAUCACUCCUGAGCAGUGUUAAUGAAGCCAAACAGCUAGUGGAUUCAGCCUACAAGCUCACACGUGACAAGAUAAAGAAGAGUUUGCAGAACAGUGCCUUGACCCCAAUACAGCUCCUAGGAUAUUUCAAACAGCCAGUGGCAGGAACUCGCUCCGUAGUUCGGGCUGCAGAUUACAUGGAAACCGCCCUGACCCUUGUCAAGGAGAAGCUGCAAUGGACUGUGAAGGGGGAUUUCAAUGUCACAGACAUGCUCACACCAGCUCAGCUGGGGAUGGUUUUCAAGGCAACUGGAUGUGACCAGCAAAAUAAGAAAAUAAACUGUGAAGCUGCUUCCCACUACCGAACGAUCACUGGCGAGUGCAACAACAGGAGAAAUCCAUCACUAGGAGCUUCAAACAGAGCCCUUGUCAGAUGGCUGCCAGCAGAAUAUGAAGAUGGUGUGUCACUCCCCCGUGGGUGGACAGAAGGAAAGCGUUUCUCUGGAUUCUCUCUUCCAUUGGUUCGAAAAGUGUCAAAUGAGAUUGUUCGUUUCCCCCCCGAGCAGCUCAAGCUGGACCAGCAGAGAUCACUCAUGUUCAUGCUGUGGGGUCAGUUCAUUGACCACGACCUGUCUUUCAGUCCCCACACGCCCGCUAGAGUUUCCUUCAGGGGCAAGGUGGACUGUGAGACCAGUUGUGCCAAACAACCCCCCUGCUUUCCUAUCAAGAUCCCACGCAAUGACCCACGAAUUAAAAACACAGAAGACUGCAUUCCAUUCUUCCGCUCAGCUCCUGCUUGUGACAGAGGCAAAGCAAUUCGAGAUCAGAUCAAUGCGCUCACAUCCUUUCUUGAUGCUAGUAUGGUGUAUGGCAGUGAAGCACCUUUGGCCAACAGAUUGAGGGACCAGACCAACCAGCUGGGCUUGAUGGCAGUUAAUAAAAAUUUCACUGAUAGAGGGAUGGCUUUUAUGCCCUUUGGCAAUGCACAGAAGGACCCCUGUCUUAUGGUCAGUGGGAGAUACAAAAUCCCAUGCUUUAUUGCUGGUGACUCUCGAGCAAAUGAGAUGCUGGAGCUGACGUCCAUGCACACACUUUUUGUGCGGGAGCACAAUCGCCUGGCUAGAGGGCUGAAGAGAUUAAAUCCCCACUGGAAUGGAGAGAAGAUCUACCAGGAGGCACGGAAGAUCGUAGGUGCCAUGAUCCAGAUUAUAACCUACAGGGACUACCUGCCUCUUCUACUGGGAACUAGUUUCCAGAGAAUGAUACCUUGCUACCGAGGCUACAAUGAUUCUGUGGAUCCUCGAGUGUCCAAUGUCUUCACUCUGGCUUUUCGUUUUGCGCAUGCUUCAGUUCCCCCAUCUGUGGAGCGCUUAAAUAAAUAUUACAAGCCUGCACACCCCAAAAUCCAACUCAGUAAAGCCUUCUUUGCUGUAUGGAGAAUUGUGAAAGAAGGUGGUAUUGACCCUCUUCUCCGGAGCCUGAUGGCUAAUCAGGCCAAGCUGAUGACACAGCAACAAAUGGUUGUGGAUGAGCUCCGGGAUCGGCUGUUUGAGCAGGUUGAAAGGAUUGGGUUGGAUUUACCUGCACUUAACAUGCAGCGUUGCAGAGAUCAUGGCCUCCCAGGUUAUAGCUCCUGGAGACAAUUCUGUGGGCUUUCAAACCCUCGUGAUUUGAGGACACUUGCUCAAGUGUUGAAGAAUCGUAGUCUGGCAAGAAAAUUCAUACAGCUGUAUGGGACACCAAAGAAUAUUGACAUUUGGAUUGGGUCACUUGCAGAGCCCUUUGUAAAUGGAGGAAGAGUUGGUCCUCUCAUGGCUUGUAUCAUUGGCACACAGUUCAGGAACCUACGUGAUGGAGACAGGUUUUGGUGGGAGAAUAAAGGGAUUUUCACUCCUCAGCAGCGCUGUUCACUGGCCAAAAUAUCCUUAUCACAAAUAAUAUGUGACAACACCCACAUCUCUAAAGUGUCAAGAAAUAUCCUUCGGGCCAAUAGAUAUCCUCAUGACUUUGUGAGCUGUAGUCAGAUCCCAAAGCUGGACCUCAGACCUUGGAAGUCAAGGAGGACUGAAGAAGGUACAAAAUGA